CCCCAAAACCGCUUGCAGGGUCCGUAUGGGUGAUCUGCAUCUAGCAGUUCCCAUAUCUGCUUCAUCUCAAAAAGAUAACCCUUUGACCCGUGCUGAGCUGCGUCGAUAAUUCCAUCGUCAUGAUGCCUCCACAGCGGCCGGGCAAGACAGCUCCCCGCUUGGCGGAGGACAUCCGGCUGUAUGAUCCUGUACAUCUUCCGGGUACGGGCCUCAACCUGCUUUCACAAGUACCUCCGGUAUACCCAGAAGAUGCCGACAAGACUGUCGAUUUCGUCUCUCCUUUCGCCUGUCAACACACAUAUAUAACAAAGGAGAACCAAACAUACCUGGCGACUGCCGAGCAGAGACGGAGACCGGGAAUAUCGUCGAAGCUAUCGGCGGUCUGCUCGAAAUGUCGUUACCACUUGCAGGUGGUCAUGCAUCACAGCAUCAGUGGCAAUGCAUUUGCUCUGUCCAGUAUGGCAGGACAUGUACACCACUUGGUGUACAAAUCUGGCAGACAGCAGGGUAGUCGAAUGGCAGAGGAGGUGACCGACAAGGGCCAGGUGGUAGAGACCUACCAUUAUCAAUGUUCGCAUGUUCCUUGCUCGGCGAUGGUAUCUCUUCGAAUUCUGUCUCCUCUUAUUAAUCCGCAGUUUCUGGAGCUGCUAAGCGAUCCAGAUCUGAUUCGUGAGCGUGCAGAAGAAGCAAUUGCAGAUCAACCGGAGCGACUUGAGGGUAUGGCGAUUCCAACGCCCAUCACCGUCUUAGACAACCUGCGCCUGUACUUGCACAACGCCCUUCAUAGCCACGAGCGCAGUAAGGCAAUUUCGUCCUCUAACAAGAGGUUCAUGCUGUCGUUUGGACUGGAGGGAACUGCGUGUAAAGACGUCUUGGAAUUCCUAGGGUUUGUAUAUGACUCGGAAGCUGGCAGCUGGCAGCCCCCAUGUCCCACGCCCUGGACAUUACAACCGUACCAGGAUACGCAGCGGAUCUUCCUUGACGACAUAAUCCAGGAGCUGCUUUGUUUACUUCACCAGCGACCCGCUUCGGAGAAGAGAGGUGUCAGCUUUCCUGCGCUUCCCCUACAAUCUACAAACGACAUCCUCUCCGCACUAGACGCCCUGGAAUAUCCGAAAUCUUCACGCUCCCAAGACUUCGCCAUGGCGCCUGCUCCGUUCUACGAGGAUCUCGGCGCCACCGAGGAUAUGGCUGCUUCGGCGAUUGUUGAAGCAUACAAUCAGCAGGUUGCCGUCGACCCAGGACGAGCGCCCCUGUAUUUGCAAUGCCUCAAAUCGAUUGGCACUCUGCGCGGUGGAGAUGACUAUGAGAUAAUCGAACAGGCCGUGGCAGUUGCCUACUCUGAAGGCAAAUACACGGACGAUGAUCUCGCUGAGUCGUACAAGUACUUUGGGCUGUGGCAUUAUGACUUCUCUCUCACCGACGAUAUCAUUAUUGGGAAGUUCUACGCUUACCUGAGCUCGACUUCGCCGGAGAAAGAGAACGAAUCGCGCCAGAACUUGUGGCGGAUCGGUGACAGCAGAGGCAGUGAGCGCAUCAAGGCCGUUUCCGAGGACCGAGUUUCCACUGUCGAGCAGGCCCAGGUCUUUUUGGGCGUUGAGAACAACACUCCGGAUGACUUCAUCAUCACCAUGUACACCGCAAAAUUGAACGACAACCCCUCAUGCAAGGACCUUGCCAAUCGCGCUCUCAAGCUCAUCGCGGAAGGCCGCAAGUCCACGAUGCUCAAUCACUACCUCACCACCGGAGAGACUAUUGCGGCAGAAAUGGACAUCGGAGACGCCUACCGCUUGCUCCAGAUUCCAGAUCGCACUGCUGAUGACGGUGCUAUCAUGGCAGCCUACACCAUUUGCAUCGAUGAGAGCCCUAGCCAAGCCGACCUCUACAAUCGAGCUUUGUCGAUCAUCGCAAAGAACAUGGAUAGUCCCAUGUUGCGCAACAUGGCCGGAAUCUCGACUGAGCCGGAUCGCAACCUGUUGGAGUGGCCUGUCGGUCUGCAAAAUAUCGGCAACACCUGUUAUCUGAACAGUCUUCUCCAGUUCUAUUUCACAAUCCGCCCAUUCCGCGACAUGGUUAUGCACUUUGAGAGAUAUCAGAUGAAUGUGAAUGACGAAGUGAGCAUCUCUCAAAAGCAGGUUGGCUCCCGUAAAGUGGCUAAGAAGGAAGUGGUGCGGUCUCUGAAAUUCCUCUGGGAACUCCGCAAUCUGUUCGACCAUAUGAUCAUGUCGCCACAGUCUUCGGUAGCUCCUGGGCAAGAGCUGGCACGCCUUACCUUGAUCAGCUCCGGAAGCGAAGCUGCUAUCCGUCGUCGAUCCACCAUCUCAAAGUCUCAGAGUCUCGGCGAUGUCGAUGGAAGACCCAUUCUGGGACCUCUCGGACCUCCUCUGCCAACCGCUGAAGAGCAAAGUGAUCAGCCGGCAGCACCGGAAAAUACACCAUCGCCCUCCAAAGACACCGUCAGUGAUAUCGGCAGUGAUGCCACACUUGUGACCGACGCCAUUCCCAGCGCCGCAUCUGCGCUUCCUGCUGGAAUCAAAGACGAUGAGGAUAGAAAAGGUGGCCCACUUUCUCCGCCAGCCAGUGCCACCCCACUGCAUCCCGAGCCUCCUAGCCAUCCGCCACCGGUUCCCCCACGUCCGAUCCCGGAAACAGAUCGCCAGAAGCAAUUAAUUGAAGAAGUGGAGAUUGGUGCUCAGCAAGAUGUCACCGAAGUGAUCAACAACGUUCUUUUCCAGAGCCAGUGUGCCAUUAGACCGCUGAGAAUCGACAGCGACGGAGAGCAGGUCGAUCUAAUCAAGAACUUGUUCUAUGGCCGAACUCGGUCGUACAUCACCACUGCCGCAGGUACACGGUCCAAGGAGGAAAGAUGGUGCGAUAUCAAGGUCGAUGUGGCCGGCGGCCCGCGCGAUAUCUAUGCAGCCAUCGACGGUGCGUUCGACAUGCAGAAAAUCAGCGUCGAAAAUGGAGAGGCUGAGCAGUACGGAUCCAUCACCAAUAUUCCUCCGAUUCUGCAGAUUCAGGUGCAGCGGGUCCAGUUUGAUCCGGUGAAGAAAACCUCCUUCAAGUCAACCAACCACUUGGAACUGCAUGAAGUCAUCUACAUGGACCGGUACAUGGAUACCACAAAGCCGGAGAUGAUGGACCGUCGCCGCCAGUCCUGGGAAUGGAAGGCCAAGCUCAAGCUGCUUGAAGCUCGUCGGGCGGAGCUAUUGCGACAGCAGGAAGAUGAUCACCUUGAAUUGACGGAGCUCCUUCGCGACACUAAAAAUGUACUUGAAGGUGUUGCAGAGGUCGAGAGCGACGGAAGUUUGGAGAUCAGCCCGGAAUUGCUCAAUGAACUUGAUCAGCUUUGCCAGAGCGUGCAAGCUGAGCUCCAUUCCGUCGACCAAGAGAUCCAGAGCAUUCAGGCUUCGCUCUCCAACCAUUUCUCCCGAUUCGGCAAACUUCCGUACCUACUGUACGCCGUCUUCAUGCACCACGGUUCCGUCUCGUUUGGACACUACUGGAUUUACAUUCGCGACUUUGUUAAGGGCAUCUGGCGCAAGUACAAUGAUGAGUAUGUGACCGAGGUCCAGAACUUGGAUGAGAUCUUCAAGAAUAACGACACCAAAAACCCACCUACCCCUUACUUCCUCGUCUACAUCAACGACGAGAAGUGGAGUCGCCUGGUUGAUCCUGUCUGUCGCGACAUCCCCGAAUGGCAAACCGACGCCGGCACUGAAGACACCGAGGCAACUACUGCCAUGGAGGACGUUCAGUCACCAGGAAUCACCGUCAGCAUUGGGCCGCCAGGUUACGAGGAAGCAACCUCGAUGGACCAUGUGGUGUCGGUCGAAUCAACUUGGCCCACAGCCGCUGAGGAGAAGCAGGCCUUUGUCGAUGCAACCAAGAAAGACGAUGCGUACUGAUAGAUUCUCCACAUUGUUUGUUAUGAGUACCGGAGGCAAGAUCCUCCAACACGAUUGUACGACUUUCCCGAACGUUUCCUUGCCGUGGCGCCUGUCGGCGAUUUCACGGCGCUUCUACCACCAUCCCAUCGCCCUUUUCCUCUUAAUUCCCGUCAUGACCGUGCCAUGUCUUGUGAUUUUCUUGCAUGAGCGAGAGCAUCAUUUGUUAUCAGUGUACAUAAGUAGAAUAUACCAUGAAUGAUU